GGUAAAAAAAACACGAGUUUGAUGUUUCAUUCUUAUCAAAAAUACUUUUCAAAAACAGAAAAACACGGCCUUUUUUCAUUUUCUAAUUAAAUUUAAUGUAGAUCGUCUUAUAAAUCAUAAUAUUCAGUUGAAUUGUACACCAUGCUAUCCGAAAUAAUAUCGAAGUCAUUCAGGUGUUUGGUAAAUGACAUCGAACGUAUACUAUUUUUUGGCAACAAAUUUCCACCUUCACCAGCGUUAAAUUAUAUUGAAUCAAGUUGCGGUGCAACGUCUCAUGCUCCGAAGCAGUUUUCAAUUCAAGAAUUUAUGCAAGACGGUUUCUUAUGGGGUGUUCCAAAGAAGCGACUUACUAUCGAACGUAGAAAGAAAAGGAUGUUCGGUGCCAUGUCGGGUUACUGUAAAACCAUAAUUCCUAAAACUGAUAUAUUGGUGUGCAUGCAUUGUGGACACGAUUACGAAAGAAAUCAUCUUUGUAAAAAUUGUUAUAAUACGGUUAAAAAAGAAACUGAAGAAAUGCAAGAAGCUAUACUGAAAGAUUUGGGAUUAUCGCCAGUUGAACAAGAAGUCGUAGUGUUGUACGAAGGAGAAAAAGAAACAACGCCGCCGGAAUUUUGGGAAGGAAAACGAAUCGUUGAAUUGCCUAAGGAACGACCUGCUUGGUUCAGCCGAAAUCUAUUACAAAAAAGUACUGCAACAAUAUCUGAUCGAACGGACGUUCAACCUGAUAAAUUAGGAUAGUCAAGUUUUUUGUUUUUAUUAUUGUUUUUAGUUUCAAAUACAUCUAUGAUUUUUC